AUGUAGAGGUGAACCUUGAAAAAGAGGUGUGGUCGUCCUGUUGCCUUUCCAUUCCACCAAGAAAACCAAAUCUACAUAUUUUUUCGUCCUCCCAAAUGGUCCAUUCACUGACCCCAGAACGAAUGGAUGGAUAUAUCAGUGAAAAAAAAAUCUCGUUCUAUGGAGCUCAGCCGAUGAUCCAACCCUCACGUCUCCUGGCCUGAGAACCUAAGACCUACAGACAUCUGGAGGUGAAGGUCGACCUUAUAGUAGAGUCACCUCAAUUCACUCCCUCCAUCACCAUGAAGGUUCUGCUGGUGAUCGCUCUGGGUCUGGUCGCCCUGGCCGCUGCUCGCCCUGAUGAGAUCCUGGACUUCGAAGGUGAAGACGCCGAGCACGAGCAGGAGGGCGAGGCGGGUCACUCUGUAACCGGCGAGUACAAGUGGGAGAGUCCUGAAGGCAUUGAGUUUGUAGUCAAGUACAUCGCUGACGACAAGGGUUACCGCGUCCUGGAGUCCAACGCCGUCCCCUCUGCCAACGGCGUCUCUGCUGACGGUGAACAGGCCGACCUCGAUGGUGACGAAGAUGACGACGGUGAAGACGAUGACAAAUAAACAUCAGGGUCAACAAGUGCCCGAUACAAACUAGAACGACGACAACGAAACGGAACGAGACUAAAUCGAACCGAAUUAGUGGGUCACCAAAUCACUAGAGGGACGACCCCCACAUAAAACAGUCAAACUUCUUGUAACAUAAAGCCUUUCUCUCUCAUGACGUCAGUGGUAGACAUCACCUGACGUCUCUCUUACCUGUGUGCGUGUUAUAAAUAAAUAUUUAUUAUGGGAUUAA